CCCUCGCAACUGGACUGUUCCAAAUUUCUCACCCUCCACUGCCCACUGGUAACUCCUCCCUCUCUUUCUCUCUCUCUCUCUCUCUCUCACACACACACACACACACACACAUUUACGUAUAUGAGACACUUGAAUUCUUCGAAUGUUUCCUAUAAACCCUAGCUCAAUCUUAUCCGCAUCAAAACCCCCAUUCCUCUCGCUUCCCAUUCUCUCUCUUCGUAACUACUCCACCACCACCGUCCUUUGCCGAGCCGCUGCCGAUUCUCCUGCCGGUCCCUCAUUUCCUCGCUGGUGGUUUAACUUGCCGAUUACCGUGGACGCCGCCUUUAGCAGCGGCGUCAUUGGCCAAAGCUCCGACGGUUCCCCCGCCGCUGAGAGACGAAUUGCGAAUAACAAGAAUGGUAAAAUCAAUGCAAGAGAGAAGAAGUGGUCGCGUGACCGAGAGAGCUACUUGGCUGACGAUGCUGACGCUCUUCCACUUCCAAUGACUUACCCUGACUCAUCUCCGGUGUCGGCUGAUGAGAUCGACCGGCGUCUCCGUUGUGACCCCCAAGUUGAGGAUUGUAAGGAAGUGGUGUAUGAAUGGACUGGAAAGUGUCGGAGUUGCCAAGGGACUGGAUUUGUCAGUUAUUACAAUAAAAGAGGGAAGGAAACUGUUUGCAAAUGCAUACCCUGCCUUGGAAUUGAGAUUGAAGCACUGGUUUCCAAUUCAAAAGAUUCUAGUUACGCUUACACGAUGUAGUGGCCUAUGGCAGUCUAAGUAAUCAUUCUCAAAGGGAAAAUAAGAGGCAAGAGAAAAAGUUUGAUUGUGAUGUGGCAGUAUCUGAUAGAUAUACUUCUCUGUAAAGGAUAUGUGCAGAAGAUAACGACACGCAGUAAUAUUGAUGUGAUGGAGGAUUUGGAUAAUGGGAAACCGCCUUGACACAAGUAAUUAUGGAACAUCUCUUCCAAUCCAGGAAUAUUAUU